CUGCGCACCCUGUACCUGGGGCUGCAGAGCCGCUGGCAGGCCGAGCACCGGCGGCGCCACUUUUACUGGCGCAUGAUGUUCGAGAGCGCCGACAUCAACAUGCUGCGGCUGCUGGAGACCUUCCUGAAGAGCGCGCCCCAGCUCGUGCUGCAGCUCAGCAUCAUGGUGCAGCAGAACAGCAUCGAGCCCCUCCAGGGUCUCUCGGCCUCGGCCUCACUAGUGUCGCUGGCCUGGAUGAUCGCCUCGUACCAGAAGGUGCUGCGGGACUCGCGGGAGGACAAGCGGCCCAUGUCCUACAAGGGGGCGGUGGUGCAGAUCUUGUGGCACCUGUUCACCAUCGCCGCCCGCGCCAUCGCCUUCGCGCUCUUCGCCUCCGUGUUCCAGCUCUACUUCGGCAUCUUCAUCGUCACCCACUGGUGCAUCAUGACCUUCUGGAUUAUCCAGGGUGAGACCGACUUCUGCAUGUCCAAGUGGGAGGAGAUCAUCUACAACAUGGUGGUCGGCAUCAUCUACAUCUUCUGCUGGUUCAACGUCAAGGAGGGCCGGAGCCGGUACCGCAUGGCCAUCUACUACGUCAUCACGCUGGCUGAGAACGCAGCCCUCACCACCCUCUGGUUCCUCUACUACAACCGCGAGGCCACCUCGGACUUCAACGCCUUGCUCAUCGUCUGCGUCGUGGUGGCCAGCUUCGCCCUUGGCAUCUUCUUCAUGUUCAUCUACUACUGCCUCUUGCACCCCAACGGCCCUGUCUUCGGCCCCCAGGCCACGGGUUGCAUCUUCCGCGAGGCGUCCGCCACCUGCGUGGGGCCGCCCGCGGACGUGGUCACCAGCCCCCCGCGCUCCCUGCCGCGGACUACAGGGGGGGAGCGGGAGGGGGUGCCGGGGGACAGAGACAGCUGCGUGCCUGUGUUUCAGGUCCGGCCCAGCGUGCCCCCGACGCCCAUGGCCCGCACCCCGCGGACAGAAGGGCCCGUCAUCCGCAUAGACCUGCCCCGCAAGAAGUACCCGGCCUGGGACGCUCAUUUCAUUGACCGGCGGCUCCGUAAGACCAUCCUGGCGCUGGAGUACUCGUCCCCAGCCACGCCGCGCCUGCAGUACCGCACCAUGGGCACCUCCCAGGAGCUGCUGGAGUACGAGACCACAGUGUAGGGCCGUAGGACACCUGCCCCCACCGAGGGGGCUGAGCCCACGGUGCAUUUGCGGAGGCCUUGGGGCACAGAGCCAGAGGCAGCCAGGCUGUGCCUAGCCCCCCCCCAGCACGGCACAGCACAGCACAGCACGGCAUGGCACGGCACGGAAGGGGGGGAAGCGUUGGUGCCCUGGAGCAGGCCAGUCCCAUUUCUUCUCAGCAUUUUGCCUUUUUUGUUCAUUAGCACUGACAGCCCCAUUCACCUCCUGCUCUGCACCCCCGCUGGGGGUAGCAAGGGCACCUGGUGCUAUUCCCCCACCCGCCUCAAUGUGCUCCCCUCCCCUGCGGUGCCACAGCCACAUUUUCCACCCCUGGCAGCCUUGCCAGAUACCCUGUUCCCUGCCAUCGAGCUAUGUCCACCCUGGGUGGGGAGGGGUCGUCACUGCUGAAAUACCUCACCUGCACCUGAGCCCAAAUAGCCACAGUCUUCGGAGCGCCUGCCCGAGCUCCUGGCGAGGGGUUGGGACAGGGAGCUGGCAGCCCAGGUGGGAAAUGCUCAGGCCCCAGCUUCAGCAGCCAGCCUCAGGAUGAGGCUUGGCUAGAGCUGAGGGGGCCAGGAGCAGUGGGUGCGCCGGUGUUGCCUGGGUGCAUGGUGCUGUGGGCAGCUUUGGAGUGGGUGAGAUGUGCCCACGGGUGCUGGUGCCGGCUUGCCCUAGGGCCAGGGGUGCUGUGGCAAGUGGGCACAUUGCAGUGGGGUCAUGGGUGGGUAUUACUCCAACAUUUCCCAGCUCUGGGCUCCUCCAGGGCACGGUGGGGACAAGGUCAGCGGCAGCCGAGGAGGCAGGUCUGCAGAGCCAGGCAGGUGGGGGAAGCUGGGGGCACCGGGUCCCUGCUCCUGUGCCAGCGCCAAGCUGGGCUGGGUCUCAGGGCACCAGGGAUUACAGGCGGCGUGCCCGGGGCCCUGCCCCACAAAGGGCCAGGCAUCUCCUGUGCUGGGGUGCAGGGGGCUGUCUCAGCUCAGGGCCUGGGGGCAGGCAGCAGGGUCGGGGGGCCUGGCGGGCCGGCACAGAGGGGCGCGGAGAGCUGAGCUGGAGCCUCCCCAGGGCAGGGAUCUCACGCGGGGCGGGGCUGCCUCCGCUGUGCUCCUGACCCACUGCCCGGAGGAAGGGAGCUCCUGCCAACACAAUAGCUCCUGCCCAGGGGAAGGCCAGCAGGCAGGAAACACCGGCCCCUUUGCUGCCCUAGAGGCAGAGAUCCAAGUACCGCCUUUCCCAGCCCCGCUGCUCAGGACAGAGCCACGCCAGGCCUCUGCCCAGGGCAUCUGGCAGCUUCUGCCUGCCAUCCCCUGCUCCCAGUUUUCUGCCUCUAGAAAAUGUGCCAUUUUGCUAGUCGUUGGGGGAGAGGGAGGUCUUCGCUUUCACUCACCAGCUGGCUGGGAAGGGAGUGGGUGCCCACGUGGGCGUGAGCAUGGAGGGCCAGCCCGCCUGGUUAGCAGGAGCGCGUGGGCACACACACAGCGCGGGGUCUGGGCUGGCACAGCCGCACCUCCAGUGACAGGCUCCGACCCUGCUGCUCGUGCCCAGGUGAUCCGCACAUGGGCUCUUGUUGAUCAGCAAGGGCCACAAGGGCUGGGUGCGCCAUUCCCAUGGGCAGGCACGAGCACCACAGGUCGGAGUCCCCCGUGGCACCCGCAAUGGGGUCGCAGCAUGGAGAGGGUAGAGGGGAACCCAAGGAGUAUUAGGAUCCAGGGCCACCCAGGCGGCACCCACAGCCAGCUGGGGCCAAGCCCAGGUGCAAGGUGGGGGGUAAAAGGGGGAGGCUGGGGAGAGACCAGGUGAGGGCGGUGUGU